GGCGCCCAUGCGGCUGCAGCCCCCCCGACGGCCUCGCCCCGGUGCCCGAAGGAUGCUAGCCGCCUCCCCGUGUGCCAGGGAAGGCGCCACCGAGACCCAGUACCCGCUCCACUCCCUCGUCUGGCACAACCAGCCCCACGAGCUGGAGAGGGAGCUCGGCUCCAAGCAGGUGGAUAUUGAACAACUGGAUCCCAGAGGCCGAACACCUUUGCACUUGGCAACCACCCUAGGACAUCUGGAGUGCACCCGGGUUCUGCUGCGCCACGGCGCUGACGUGGCCAAAGAAAACCGGAGCGGCUGGACAGUACUGCAGGAGGCGGUGAGCACCCGGGACCUGGAACUCGUGCAGCUCGUGUUGCGUUACCGCGACUACCAGCGGGCCAUCGAACGCUUGGCCGGAAUUCCCAUCCUCCUGGAAAAACUGCGUAAGGCUCAAGAUUUCUAUGUGGAGAUGAAAUGGGAAUUUACUAGUUGGGUGCCCCUGGUCUCCAAGAUCUGCCCCAGCGACACCUACAGGGUGUGGAAAUGCGGCCAGAACCUGAGGGUGGACACGACUUUGCUUGGAUUCGACCACAUGACGUGGCAGCGCGGCAACCGGAGUUUCAUCUUCAGGGGACAAGACACCAGCGCCGUUGUGAUGGAAAUUGACCACGACCGUCGCGUGGUCUACUCCGAAACGCUCGCUCUCGCCACCCACGACCGAGAGGGGAUCCUGGCCGCCGUGCAGCCCACAGAAGAGCAGGUCAUGGGGCGGCUCCUGGCCCCCGUGGUCACCACGCAGCUGGACACGCGCAACAUUGCCUUCGAGAGGAACAAGACGGGUAUUUUGGGCUGGAAGAGCGAGAAGACCGAGGUGGUGAACGGUUACGAAGCCAAGGUCUACGGGGCUUCCAACGUAGAACUGAUCACCCGGACCCGAACGGAACAUCUUUCAGAACAGCACAAAGGCAAGACCAAAGGCGGUAAAACCCCUCUCCAGUCGUUCCUGGGCAUUGCUGAACAACACGUGGGCCCCAACAAUGGAGCUCUCAUCACACAAACACUGAGCCACACCAACCCCACCGCCAUCACGCCGGAGGAGUACUUCAACCCCAGCUUUGAGCUGGGCAGCCGUGACAUGGGGCGGCCCAUCGAACUCACCACCAAGACGCAGAAGUUCAAGGCGAAGUUGUGGCUGUGCGAAGACCAUCCGCUCUCGCUGGCCGAGCAGGUGGGGCCCAUCAUCGACCUGAUGGCCGUCAGCAACGCCCUCUUUGCGAAGUUGCGGGACUUCAUCACCCUCCGCCUGCCUCCGGGCUUCCCCGUCAAGAUCGAAAUCCCCAUUUUCCACAUUCUCAAUGCCCGCAUCACCUUCGGCAACCUCAAUGGCUGUGACGAAGCCGUGGUUCCCAUCCGGGGCACCGGGAGCCCUGGAAGCGAUGCUCCCUCGCCAGGCAGUGAUCGCUCUAGUAUUAGCAGCUCUAGCUCCCUUGGCUCGUGCCGGUGCUGUGAGAUGGAUCCGUCUCUCUUCGAGGCCCCGCGAGGCUACAGCGUCAUCGGGAGCCACCCGGAGCCCUUGCGGGAAGAUGACGACGACCUGCUGCAGUUCGCCAUCCAACAGAGCUUGCUGGAGGCGGGGAGCGAAUACGACCAGGUUACCAUUUGGGAAGCCUUGACGAACAGCAAGCCGGGGGCGCUGCCCGGGUCCCAGGAAGGGCGCAGAGUCGACAGGACGCCCCAGCACACGCCGCCGCUGCCGCCGCCACGGCCCGCCACCCCCCAGCCGCAUCCGGUGCCCGCUGCGGGCCGGGCCCCCAGCCGCCCACUGCCGAGUUAUGCAGAGCAACUCCGGCUGGCCAUGGAGCUGUCGGCGAAGGAGCAGGAGGAGGCUGAGCGGCGUUCCCGCCAGGAAGAGGAGGAAUUUGAGCGGAUCCUGCGCCUCUCGCUCACCGAACAAUAGCGGCCCCACGCUGG